CAUGGGAACUGAGUCUCCUACAAAUCAAAGCCAUGUUGCUCCAGAGGACGAAAGUAUUGCUUACUCAACAGCUGAGGUAAAACAGAUAGACAAAAGAACAGCAGAGGAGAAAGCAAUUGAUGAUUGGCUUCCUAUCACUUCUUCAAGGAACGCAAAAUGGUAUUACGCGGCUUUCCACAAUGUCACUGCCAUGGUUGGAGCUGGUGUCUUGAGCCUUCCAUCUGCCAUGUCAAAUCUUGGAUGGGGUCCUGGUGUGGUUAUUCUUGUACUAUCAUGGAUAAUCACUCUGUACACACUGUGGCAAAUGGUUCAGAUGCAUGAAAUGGUCCCUGGGAAACGGUUUGACAGAUACCAUGAGUUGGGGCAGCAUGCCUUUGGUGAUAAGCUAGGACUCUGGAUUGUGGUACCACAGCAAUUGAUAUGUGAAGUUGGGGUGGAUAUAGUUUAUAUGGUCACCGGAGGAAAAUCACUGCAGAAAAUUCAUGACCUGGUAUGCAAUGAUAAACAUUGCAAACCAAUGAAGACUAGUUAUUUUAUCAUGAUAUUUGCCUCUGUUCACUUUGUUCUUGCUCACCUUCCCAACUUCAAUGCCAUUGCCGGUGUCUCCUUGGCUGCAGCAGUCAUGUCUUUGAGUUACUCAACCAUUGCAUGGACAGCUUCAGUUCACAAGGGAGUUCAAGAAAAUGUGCAGUAUGGCUACAGAGCCACUACUACACCAGGAACAGUUUUCGGUUUUCUGAGUGCUUUAGGUGAUGUUGCUUUCGCCUAUGCAGGACAUAAUGUGGUGUUGGAGAUUCAAGCAACAAUCCCUUCAACCUCAGAGAAGCCAUCAAAGGGUCCAAUGUGGAAGGGAGUGCUAAUAGCCUAUAUAGUUGUAGCCAUAUGCUACUUCCCUGUUGCUCUUAUUGGGUAUUGGAUGUUUGGUAAUGAUGUUGCAGAUAAUAUCCUCAUCUCUCUAAACAAACCAACUUGGCUCAUAGUAGCAGCUAACAUGUUUGUUGUCAUCCAUGUUAUAGGAAGCUACCAGCUAUAUGCAAUGCCAGUUUUUGACAUGAUUGAGACCGUAAUGGUUAAAAAAUGGCGCUUCAAACCAACCCGAGUGCUAAGAUUUGUUGUUCGCACUGUUUAUGUUGCUUUCACAAUGUUUAUGGGCAUUACAUUCCCCUUCUUUGGUGCCCUCCUUGGAUUUUUUGGAGGGUUGGCAUUUGCUCCAACAACAUAUUUUCUCCCCUGCAUUAUGUGGCUCACUAUAUACAAACCUAGGAAGUUCAGCAUAUCAUGGAUCACCAACUGGAUCUGCAUUAUACUUGGAGUCCUGCUGAUGGUUCUGUCACCAAUCGGUGGAUUAAGGCAAAUCAUACUCAAUGCCAAGACCUACGGGUUUUACACUUGAACUCCUGGUGCCUGAAGUCAUCAUGAACUUUGAUUUUAUAUAUAUAAAGCACACAUGAAUGAUAACGUGACUCUUUACCGUGCCAUGUCCAGCUUUACUUUACCACAAGUGAAACAUUGUUACAUAUUUGAUUACGGAUCAUAUU